GCCAAAAUCCCUGUACUAUAGUACAGGAACUUUGGCCCAAUUUUGGAGUAACUUUAAAAAUUUGUAAAAAAUCCAAGAUUAAUUGAAAUCAACUCAGACUUUUUACGCAAUAUAAAUAUGUAUCAGAAGAUGUACAAAAAAUAGAGAAUUUUUUACUUGUUAUUUUUGGCAAAAUUUGUCCCGAGACCAUGUACUUUUUAUUAAUAAAAUUAUUAAGUAAUAGAAAGAGGAAAGGUCCUGCCCUUAGUGAAGUGGUUGAUGAUUUACUGGAGGAGGAGGGGGCGGGGCAGGGGGAGGAGCCAGAGAGAGGAGUCUAGUAGAGGAUGAAGACACAAAGAAGAAUAGAUUAGAUGAAGUAUGGAUGAACUUUAAAAAAGAAACAACAAGUACCAGAACAACAAAUAGAAAAGAAACAAAUAAACAAAUUGAGGAAAAAACUGAAGUUUCGUCUGUUCCUAUGGAAACAAUUAAAAUAAAGAAAUCGUUUGAUUUUGCAGGAGAAGAAGUAAUUGUUGAGAAGGAGGUCUCUGUACAGUCGAAUGAAGCAGUUCAGUUUAUAAAAUCAACAGAAAAGAGUAACAGACCAAGUGUGGGCGGAGUCAGAAGGUCAGGAGGUGCUAAAGCGUUAUUGGCAUCGUUAAAUAAAAAACCAAAACUCUCAACACUAGAGAAGUCUAAAUUAGACUGGGACAGUUGUAAGAAAGAUGAAGGAUUAGAGGAUGAACUAACCUACCAGACUAAAGACGGGUAUCUUGAUCGUCAGUCCUUCUUAAGUAGAGCUGAUGUGAGACAGUUUGAAAUAGAGAGAGAUGAAAGAUUGAAGAGAUUUAAAAGACUAAACUAAAUACUAUUAAUAUACUACACACACUAACCUCCUCUUAUGUAAUAAUAAUAUUCACUACAAUA